AGUAAAGUUAUAUUAGAGAAGUCCAGUAAAAUCAACAAACAGAGCUAAUAAAUGUUUAAAAUAAUUAUAUGAAGAAUUUGAUGCGGACACCAGAGCCUCAGCUGUAAGCAAACCUUAAAAGGACACAGCACAACUAGAACAUAAUAAUCGACGAGCAUAGUUCGCCACGAAAAAUAUCGCGCGCGAAAUAUUGACAUCACUUCGAGAAUCAUUAGGCUUCCAGAUUAUUUCAAUUUAAUAGAAAAAUUACUGGGUAUCUCUCAGUAGAAGAUUAUAAAUCCGCCGAAGCGCGCGAUCCUGGGCCAGCAAGCCGCUUCAUAUCCCAAUCCAUUCCCCAAUUGAUAUAACAGUUUCAACGAAUACCUUGGCCCAAGAUGUCGUUAACAAACUGUCGCUUUUACGAGGAGAAGUAUCCUGAGAUCGAUAGCUUCGUCAUGGUCAAUGUGAAGCAGAUCGCCGAUAUGGGUGCUUAUGUCAAGCUCCUUGAAUACGACAACAUCGAUGGCAUGAUUCUCCUAUCUGAGCUCUCAAGACGUCGAAUUCGAAGUAUUCAGAAGCUUAUUCGAGUCGGUCGCAACGAGGUAGUCGUGGUGCUCCGAGUUGACAAGGAGAAGGGAUAUAUCGAUCUUUCGAAGCGUCGAGUGUCUCCAGAAGACAUUGUUAAGUGCGAAGAGCGAUAUAACAAAAGCAAGAUGGUGCAUUCCAUUAUGCGCCAUGUGGCCGAGAAGACCCAGACUCCGAUUGAGACCCUCUACGAAACCAUAGCCUGGCCCCUGAACAAGAAGUUUGGACACUCUAUUGAUGCAUUCAAACUCUCCAUAACAAACCCUGAUGUAUGGAGCGAUAUCACCUUCCCCAGUGAUCCGGUAGCGGAGGAACUGAAGUCGUACAUCGGCAAGCGUUUGACGCCUCAACCUACAAAGGUUCGUGCUGAUAUUGAGGUCACCUGCUUUGAGUACGACGGAAUCGAUGCAGUAAAGGCAGCCUUAAGAACGGCCGAGGCUCGAAACACUUCCGAGAACCAAGUCAAAGUGAGACUGGUCUCCCCACCGCUCUACGUCUUAACCAGCACAUGCCUGGACAAGAACGUCGGUAUCCAGAGACUAGAGGAGGCUAUUGUCGAUAUUCGCAACAGCAUCACAAGCACGGGUGGUCAGCUUAUCGUGAAGAUGGAGCCCAAGGCUGUGACAGACUCAGACGAUGCCGAGCUUCAAGCACUGAUGGAGAAGCGAGAACGAGAGAAUGCGGAGGUUAGUGGCGACGAGAGUGUUAGUGAGAGUGAUGAUAACAUUCCUGAGACUGUUUAAGAUGUCACUCAGCUCAGACUUCGGUUCGGUCAGUUUGGUCAUGAGAAAAAUGAGAGGGUAUGAGGCUCGGCAAAAGGUACUAAGGGGUCUUGAUAUUCGGGGACAAUAAAAGUACCUAGCAUGCGAAUAGAGCUCCAUUUUGAGAUCAAUAAAUCGUUGACGCUGAAGCCUCAGUGCUUCGCGCGACUUUGCUUACAUAACUUAUCUGGGCAAUAUGAAUUUAUCCAUCUAUCCAUUA